AGAUCUGGGCGGGGUCACCGAGGAGGAGGAGGCAAGCCAAGCGAUGGAAGAAGAAACGGAGGAGGACGAGAACCUGCCACCGGGGGAAGAGCAGGGGAUGCGGGACAGCCUGCUCGGGGGAACCCCGGAAGGGGUGUCGGUGCCCGCUCAGGUGCCCGGACAGGGCGAACGGGAGGACGAAGUGCGGGGCAGAGUGCCCGAGGGAGGGUUCGGCUGGGUGGUGGUUCUGGCGGCCACCUGGUGCAGCGGCUCCAUCUUCGGCAUCCAGAACUCAUUUGGGAUCUUGUAUGUCAUGCUGCAGAAGGAGAUGGAAGGCAGCAAGGAACAAGGAAUGGACUUCAAGACAGCUUGGGUCGGUUCUCUGGCCAUGGGUAUGAUCUUCUUCUGCUCUCCAGUAGUGAGCAUCUUCACAGACAGGCUGGGCUGCAGGAAGACUUCAUCAGGAGGAGCUGCACUGGCAUUCAUUGGAUUGUUAUGUAGCUCAUUCACCACAUCCCUGGGUGUUCGAUAUUUAACUUAUGGGAUACUCUUCGGAUGUGGAUCGUCAUUUGCGUUCCAGCCCUCCCUGGUCAUUCUCGGUCACUACUUCAAAAAGCGGCUCGGUCUUGCGAAUGGCAUUGUGGCUGGGGGUGGCUGUGUGUUCACAAUGUGCCUUCCUUUCUUGCUGAAGACCAUGGGACAUACUAUUGGCUUGGCACACACAUUUCAAGUGCUAAGUCUUUUUAUGUUCAUUCAGAUAUUCCUCUCUCUCACAUUCAAGCCCCUUUUACCUCCACCAGUUGAUUAUAACAAAGAGAUGGAGAAAGUGGCUGGAAGGAGUAAAGCUCAGCAAUGUCUCGCACAAAUCCGGAAAUAUUUCAACAUGCAAGUGUGGAAGAAGAAGACCUACAGAAUUUGGGCCUGUGGUAUUGCCACAACAGUUUUGGGAUAUUUUGUUCCUUAUGUCCACCUGAUAAAAUUUGUGGAGCAACGAUUUGCGGACAACAAAGGAACAUGGAUAAUCUUAGUUUGCAUUGGAGCAACAUCUGGCAUUGGUCGGCUUGCUUCUGGCAGAAUUGGGGACUGUAUUCCUGGGUUGAAGAAAAUUUACUUGCAGGUGGCCUCUUUUCUGCUACUCGGAAUUAUGUCCAUGAUGCUGCCCCUGUGCCAGAUGUUUGAGAGUGUCAUUGUAGUUUGCCUGUUCCUUGGCUUGUGUGAUGGAUUCCUCAUUAGCAUGAUGAGCCCUAUUGCAUUUGAGCUGGCAGGUCCAAUGCAAGCCUCCCAAGCUAUUGGUUAUGUCCUGGGACUCAUGUCCAUUCCAAUGACUGCUGGACCUCCAAUUGCAGGUUUGCUAUUUGAUCUACACGGUAGUUACGACAUGGCAUUUUAUCUUGCUGGCAUUCCUCCACUGGUUGGAGCUUUGAUUCUCUUGUCAGUUCCUCUUAUCCAUGAGAGAGACCUAAAGAAGGCACAACAACUGGAAGCUGGAAAGGAGAAGACACAGGAUAGUGUGGUGAAUGGAGAACUCCUGCCAGGGAACCCUAUGACUGAUGCUCAAGUUUAGACCUGCAGGACACUGUCCGCGGCAUAUGACAACAGUUUGUAGAAACAUGCACGCAGAUGGUCCCCAACACAAGAGAUUGAGAUAAGAGUGCUGUUUAAUAUAUUGCACGUGUCAAGUGUGAUUACCUGGAAAUGGCUUGCAAUAAUAUGCUAACGUUUUAGGGGACCAAUUAGUGCAUAUAACAAACAUUCUCCUAAAAUAGAUGAGCAUUUACAUUCGUACACGAGGAAGCAACAUAAGUGACAGAAAAUUAAUCUUUAUAAAGCCACUUCUGUCUUUUUAUUUGACCAAAUUAAGAAACCACCACUUUCUAGUAUGUCUAUUACUAUAGGAGUUUUCCAUUUCAACUCUCAGCUAAUCCUCUGUGUGAAUGAGCAAGUUGCCGUGUGGUUUGUUUCAGCAUUCCUUUGGUAAUUAUUCCAUACAGAUAUAAUCCAUCACAGUUUUUGUUUUCUAUAGCAAGACACUUUAAAGGUGGCAGAUGACUUUGUCACACUUGUGUCUGCUGUCAGAUGCAGUGUUACAUUUGCACUAUGUGAUUUUGCUAAUUAGUCUUGCGCUUUACUUAGAUGAGUACUCACAGUCUCCAAAGUGUAACAUCAGGCUAUGCAGAUCCAGCACUAAUUGAAAUACAGACUUUUAAAGGACAU